AUGCUCACUUGGUAAGUAAAAUCGUUAAAGUUAGCAAAUGGUAAGGAAAGAGCAACUUACUAGACCGUAAAUUUGUUAGUGAAUUUCCUGGUAAUAAAAGGUUUGAAAAAUAAUUUAUCCCUUGUUAUGCGCGUAAAUAAAAGUUUUUAUAUCAGUUGUAUAGCAUCUGGUACUGCAUGUAUCAAUUGUCAGGUUUAUUUGUUAUAUAUAUAUAUAUAUAUAUAUAUAUAUAUAUAUAUAUACAUACUUUUUUAAGUCUACAAGAAGGAGGAACGAAAGAUAUGAAACGCCGUUUGAAAAGUGCGUGGCAGUAUUUAAAGACCGAUUACAAAAUCCACUUAGCAAGGGAGAGUCCUUGUCCUGACUACUGCCAAAAAUUUGCCUUGAGUAGUUCUGAACCAGAAUUCCACAGAAGCUGUGGGCAUCAGCACACGGUCAACUGUGAUCGAUGCGAGGAUCUUCAGAAUGUAAUGGCAGACCUUCAGUUGGCAUUUGACUCACAAGAAGUCAAAUUCAGGUGGUUAUAUGUGUUUACAGUUGAUACCAUCUGGUUUCCUCACAACCUUCGUUUUGUUCUCGAAUGACAUGGAAAGAGUAUGCAACUGAGGUCCACAAUGUAUGUAACUAGCGGUCAAAGAUGACGUGAAAAAUAACUGUCAAUAUCAGUGUCAUAUUGCAAAGGCUGGAACGCUUUUUUUUUUCAUCUUCUUAAACUUUUAUGAAAUGCUUGAGAACUGAACCCUCUUUAAGGUUGUAUUUACCAACUUACUUUCAACUGGAACCAUGAAAAGAAUUUACCAAACAAUAUGCAAGUUUUCAAGUCUCAAAAGAGAGCAUAUUAUCUAAGUCAUAUUGUUAUACGUCUUUUAGCAGUAAAGACCAGCUGGAAGAGUUACAGUACGAUAUGGAUAAGGCAAUUCCUGAUAUUGAUGGAUGGAAAGCGCAUAUCCUCAGGGAAGUUCACCAGGACACUGCAAAAAGCGCGGUUAUCGAAAACCUGGCCAAUAACCAAGUACUCAUCAUUAUGGACUGGGCUAUGAAAUUUCUCCCAAUCGGUUACCGGGAAACACAACGAGGCUGGUUUGGGAAGAAGGGAAAGUCAUGGCAUGUUUCUGUUGCUGUCCAAAAGGGGGAUGACGGAGAAAUUGAGGUAGAGUUUCAGUUGUGUCUGGGUGUAAUGUAA